AACAGAAGAGCAUGACCAAGGACACCGGAGAGCACUUGGAAUGCCACUUAGAGCAGCCGCUGAGGAAGGAGAAAAAAGGACAUCGAGAAGAGCACAUGGGACAUUCAGUAACAUUGGGGUACACCGCUGGAACUGAUAUACACACGCCGCCACCCAUGAGGAAAUGGGGACACUACCAACCAGAUAUUGAUGAAUGCAAACUACCAAACUACUGCAAUGGGACAUGUCAAAAUACCCUUGGAAAUUACACUUGCUCAAGUUGUCCACAUGGAAAAGAGUUUGAUCCGAUAAAAAGGCAAUGUGUUAGAUCAGCGAAGCAACACAAUAUUCUUUUGGGUAUUGCAACUGGAACUGGAUGUGGUCUUGGAUCCAUAAUUAUUGCAGUCUGUGUAGUUGUAUUUGCCGAUAAGUGGAAGAAAGGCAUCCAGAAGAGAAUCCGACAAGCACACUUCAAGAAAAAUCAAGGCCUGCUCUUGCAGCAGUUGAUCUCAGAUGAAAGUGCAACAAACAAAACAAAGAUAUUCUCCUUGGAGGAACUAGAAAAGGCAACCAACAACUUUGAUGCCACUCGUAUUCUUGGUCGUGGAGGACAUGGUACAGUCUACAAAGGGAUUCUAUGUGACCAACGAGUGGUGGCUAUUAAAAGAUCCAAAAUUGUGGAGCAGACUGAGAUAGACCAGUUUAUCAAUGAGGUUGCUAUCUUAUCUCAAAUUAUUCAUCGCAAUGUGGUAAAGCUAUUUGGUUGUUGCCUUGAAUCUGAGGUGCCUUUGCUAGUGUACGAGUUUAUAUCUAAUGGCACAUUGCAUGACCUUCUUCACAUUGACUACACUUCCAAAUGUUUGUUGUCAUGGGAUGAUCGCAUUAGGAUUGCAGUAGAAGCAGCAGGAGCACUUGCUUAUCUGCACUCGGCUGCUGCAAUACCUAUUUUCCAUAGAGAUGUGAAAUCUUCUAACAUACUAUUGGAUAGCAGCUUUGCUACAAAGGUAUCUGACUUUGGUGCUUCAAGGUCUCUUUCCCUCGAUGAGACUCAUGUGGUGACUAUUGUCCAAGGAACAUUUGGUUACCUAGAUCCAGAGUAUUACCAUACUGGGCAGCUAACUGAAAAGAGUGAUGUGUAUAGUUUUGGAGUAAUACUUGUGGAACUUCUGACAAGAAGAAAACCAAUUUUCAUCAAUGAUCUAGGUGGAAAACAAAACUUGUCCCAUUAUUUCGUGGAAGGAUUGCAAGAGGGAGUUGUCAUGGAAAUAAUGGAUCCUGAGGUUGUCAAAGAGGCAAACCCGGAAGAGAUUGAUGAUAUUUGCUCACUUGCGGAAGCAUGCUUGAGAUUCAAAGGAAGAGACAGACCUACUAUGAAAGAAGUAGAUAUGAGGUUGCAAUUCCUGCGAACUAAGAGGCAAAGAAAAUGCAAACUUCUCCCAGCUGGUGAUGAAGUGAUUGAGCCUUUUUUACGCCCAAAGGUUGGUAAUUGUGAUGCACCAAUGAAUGUUGUCAAUGCUGGUAAUUCAACAUCAAAAGCCACCUCUAGUUGCUAUAGUCUAGAGCAAGAACUUUCAUCAUCUAUCACCUGGCCACGCUAAGUACACAUGUGCAAUACUACAAUCACGUCAUUCCAAGUAUUCAUUUGAAUUAUCAUAUUUUUCUAUGGAUUUAUAAUAUGUUACAUAGUUCAGUUUAAACGAUAUUAUGUCAUGUAAUUUUGCUUCUAUAUAUUUGCAACAUUUAUUUGUAGCUCAUGUCAAUUGUGUACAAUUAGAUUAUAACUAUUUGUGACGAAAGAGCCUCGUGUUGAUCAUAGUCGAAUGAUACCAGCAUCAAUUUUGAUGCAGCAGUAGCUGAUUGAGAAUCGAUGUAAAUAGGGUACUCAGCUUCUUUUUGUUGAAUCCGGGGACAAAUUUUGUUAUCUAUUUUCAGAAAAGUUAUUGUGACUACAAAUUUUAAAUAAAUACAGGUUUAUAU